UAUGAAAAUCAAUGAUACCUAUAACGUCUAUGCCCUUCAUAUCACUGCGCAAAACGAUAGUAACGGUAUGGCGGGCCUCGUUGUUUAUUUUGCCUUUUUUGGGAUUCUGCUUGACCGGAACGUCAUUUUUUUGUCCUGUCCGAGUUCUGUUUUUACUUCUUCUUACACUUACUGCUGAGGUUGUUCGCUAUUUCAUUAUCGCCCUUCUGCCGACCUUGGUAGUCGUUAAAUCCAGAUUUUAACAGCCUUAAACACAGCUAUUGAUAUGAGCCGCUUACAUUCACUACAGACACGUGAACAUGAUCGACAUCUUUGGUGUUGAUGAUGAAAAUGAGUCUCAAUAUCAUUAACGUCUCUGUUAGACCUGAACCUACUGUCUCUGCCAGGUUUUUUCAAUAUUCAUUUCUCUUUCUUAACAGUAUUUCUGACAGUCUCAGUUAAAAGAAAUAGUUA